CAGUUACUUAUUUUCGCGCGAAAGUGGAGGGCGACUCGUGCGCAGCUACUUUGCUCGUUAGUUUAUUUACGAAAGACAUUCUCGUUUAUGCAAUGCUUGCAUAAACCCUAGAAUACUUCAGUGUAAAAAAUUGUGUAACGUGUUGUUUCUCUCCAACUGAUUUUACAGUGUUUAGUGCUAUUACAUUUCUAAACGGUUUAAAAGUUUUUAUUAAUUUUCAAAGGAGUGUUUACAAAUCACCAGAAUGAGUUUGAGUCGUUUACGUAGUGUCGUUAGGGCCGACAUGGUGAAAGUUUCUUCUACAAGCGCGUUGGUGUCGAAAUUACGGGGACCUUGUUCGGGAAGGGACUUGAGCACAUCAGAGGCCCACUGCGUCACGAUUGCUCAACACACACCGAAGCCUGAUUGGAACCGCGCAGUGAGCGAAGCAGAGAAAAUUGUGGGAUACCCAACUUCUUUUCUUAGUCUGCGAUGGGUUAUGAGUGAUGAAAUUGCGAAUGUCGCUUUGCACUUGCGAAAAUUAGUGGGAAGCAAUCAUCCCUUAUUGAAAACUGCCAAAAACCUGAUCUACAAUGGCAAGAACAACAUGCAGGCGUGGGUCAUCGUGCUGCUGGUGUCGAAGGCGGCUGGCCACAGCCCAGAGAUACCAGAUAUGGAGCAAGACAAAGCUGCUGGAGUCUUACAUAGCCAACGCGCGUUAGCCGAGGUGACGGAGAUGAUCCGCACGUCCCACCUGGUCCACAAGGCCCUGGUGAACAUGAACACUCGGCAGCUUACCGUAGCUGAGCCCGACGACAUGACCUUUGGCAACAAAAUAGCGUUGCUCAGCGGAGACUACCUGCUCGCUAAUUCGUGCUCGGAGCUUGCUAACUUGAGGAACCAAGAGCUCGUCGAGCUGAUGUCCUCAGCCGUGCGAGACUUGGCCGAAGCAGAGUUCCUGGGGGAACGAGACGAGCAGAAUAACCCGCUGCCUUCACGACCGGUCGCUGGAGAUGGAGAGCCAAAUACAGAAUGGGAGUGCGUGAUCGAUCCCCUCCCAUUAACCGGCGUUCUGGGGCGCGCACGGCGCGAAUGGGCGGCGCGGCACGUGCUCGCAGCCGGCGCCUUGCUGGGCAAGAGCUGCUCCGCCGCGCUCAAGCUGGCCGGCCACCAGCCCAAGCUGCAGACGCAGGGCUACCUCUUCGGCUGCCACUUAGCCCUAGCCUGGCAAGCCUUCCUUGACUUGGAACCGUUCUCCGGCCCCGAGCCCUCUCGCUUCUCGUUAGUCGGUGCCCCGUUGGCGUUCACUCUUCAAGCGCGGCCUGAGCUGUACGAAUACAUCGAGGCUGGGCGGAAGAGUGUGCACGAUGUCGACUACCACGCGCUUUACAAAGCGGUGCUAGAAGGCGACGGCAUCGAGCAGACCAAGAAGCUCCAGCGAGAGCACAUAGCCACCGCCUGCGAGGUGCUCGACAGCUUCCCCAACUGCGAUGCCAGGACCGCCCUCACCAACAUCAUAGUCGCCAUGCACCACGACCACCUCUAGAGUUAAGGAACUACCUGUGGUAUUUUAUGUUACAUAACGAUAUGAUUAUCUAGACGACUAAAACGGGUCUAAAUGGCGUAUGCAGAAACCACCACAAUUUGUCUCUGGGACUAGUAUGCGAAUCGGAGAUUAGUUUUACGCAAGUAAGUCCCGUUUUUAAUAAUGUGUAAAAAUCGUAAACGUUUAAAUCAGUAGGUAAAUGUAAUAUAAUUUCCAUUGGUCCUCUUAAAUCACCUUUUGACGCCUGCCUUUUAAGAGGGGGCGUAAAGCCAAGAAAUUAGAAAGAAACAAAAGAAACUUGCGACGGAAGUUUUGGCGAUUGCGUGACGUGCGUGCUUUUAAAAUUUUACCUCAAUAACUCUGAAAGUACUUACCUAUACUUCUGAUUAAAAUUUGCUAAUGAAAUUCUUCAGCUAGGAAUAUCAGUAUCACUAGCUAUUUUAUUCUAAAAUUAUACUAUAGUAUGCAGGGUAACGAUAUACAAUCGAAAAUAAAUGAACAUGUUUUCGUGUUUUUUUUUCAAUCGAGCCAACUUUGAACUUUCAAGGUUUUGCUUAGUCUGCCCUCGCAACUAUAGUCUAAUUUCCAGGUGUAUUUUUCAUGGCAUUAUCCCUUGACUAAAACGGAUAAAAAAUCAAUAUUAACACUGCAAUUUUACGUUGGCCCCCUCUUAGAAAUAAGAUUUACAGUACAUAUGGGGCUACUUUAUAGCACUAGUGCGAGAAGUAGCAUAUUACGUUACUGUGUCGAACAUUUAAAGGGCCAUAUGUACUGUAAAACGUUGUACGAUACAUGUGCGAAUAGGUAAUUCGCAACUGGUGUCGAUUUAAAACACUCCCUUCGGUCGUGUUUUAAUUUAUCGCCACUCGUUUCGAAUUUCCUAUUUUUCGCACUUGUAUCGUAAUGUACUAUAUUGAUAUUGAGCUGAGCCAGGCCAUUAAGAAAUAAGUAAUAAUAGAGUACUCACUCCAUACUUCAGUUUUCUUACCAAAACGCGUAUUUUCGUAGUCGCCAUCUUGCGUCAAGUAGCGGUUUUUCAAUACCGCUACUUGACACUAUGUCACUGGUGUCGCGACUGACAAAAGCUCAAUAAUUUACAACUAAUGAUACAAGCAGGAGUUGAAAAUAGAUUUCCUGUUAAUCCGGUUAUAAUAGUAGUUGAAAAUGAAUGAGCAUUAGAGUUUUCGUUCGCCGCGACAUCUAUUGUCAAGUAGCAGUACUGAUAAAUCUGCUACUUGACGCUCUAGCGUGAUUGUUGACUACGAAAAUAAUAAGCGUUUUGGUAACAAAAUUGAUGUAUGGAAUUAGCACUCUACAGAGUGUUUAUUUAGUCACCUGAAAUAAUUUACGGCCUGAAUAUAUAUAGGUCAUAUUGAGUGAGAAAAAUUUACUUUCCCAUAGAAAAUGUCAAGGUCAGACAGCCAAAACGUAGGAAACAGUAAAUAUUAUACUUACUUAUUUUUAAUAGUAUACUUAUUUCUCUAGGGCCAGGCGUAGGCGCUAUUAAGAAGGCCCUGUAUAUACAGCACGAUCAAGAAUAUAAUUAACCAAAGUACGAGAAAGCUGCUGUAGGGAAGGAUAAUAUAAUAUCCAUUAACAAGUAUAGGUACAAGAUAAUCGACAAAAGCUUCUUUGUCUGUUAUUAAAUAAAUAUUUGUUUCCAAUUUAUACUUAUACUGAAAAGGUAGGUAAGUAUCUAAAGAUGAAUUUGUUCUAUGAGGCUGCCGCAUAUAACACUUUUUCAUUCGUAAAGUCCGUCACAGACGGAGCGAUAAUAUACGAAAAUAUAUCUUAAGGCAUCUUACGGUAUAUUUUACGUACUAUUUGACAGCGUCCACACAAGAACCUAUAAUAUAUACUUUAUUAAGAUAUAGCAAGGCAUAUUACGUUAUAUUUUGGUAUAUUUAGUCUCUCUCACAAAUCUCACAUUGUAGGUGCUAGACAGACAACGAUAUAUAUUUUGGUAUCGUUGUCGUGUGUGGUCUAUAAGGUCUAUAAGAUAUAUUUCUGUAUUUUACGGUAUAUUCAUAUACCUACAUAUAUUAUCGUUUCUUCUGUAACGGGCUUAAAGGAUUUUGUAAUUAUAAUAUAACGUGAUGACACAGUGACCGACAGAAAGUAAUAACCGACACUUAUUUUUUAUCCAAGAAAAUAAGGGUUGUCGUACUUGCCAUAUUAAGAAAGCGAUUACUUAAUAUGACAACACUGUGCAGCUGUGUAUGUCAAAUACGGGUAUAAUAUUUUUCACAUUGCUUGGGUUCGGUGACAGCUGUCAUCUCAAUAUAAUUUGACAUUUUAAGGCUAGAAAACAUAAGUGUCGGUUAUUGGUUCCCGAGUUCCUGACGGUCAUUGGUGCUACUACGUUAAUUAGAUUAAUUCGUGUUACCAUCGCGUAAGUUACCAUAAUUAUUGAAAAUAUCAUAGAUAUAACUUAUACAGCACAUUGGUUACGUUUGUGAAGGACAGAUGGUUUUUAUACUUACAUGUAAUUUUUUUACCUUAAAUCGUAAUUAGCAGUCUAUAUACUUAACUUCUAUUUCUGUUUGUUAAUUAAACUAUAAUAUAUGUAAAUACAUGGCUAAUUGGAUGUAUGUAGGUACAAUUUGCACCAAUUUACCUCUUGCUACUGCCUAUUAUUUAAAAAAAAUCUUUCCAAACUCAAAAAAUAAUAUUUGAAAUGUUAGUGGGAAUUACAGAUAUUUAAAAUGCUUGUUAUAAAUAUAAUGUAAGAACUUAGUGAACGUCCCUUUAAAAAAAUGCCACUUUCAUUAAUUUUGUAUUUUUUUCAUAUUUUUUUUUUCUUCUCAAAAUAACGAACUCUUUCGAUCCUAAGGGAUAAAAAAUGUCCCAGGGUUUUUUCCCUAUUGUGUUACCAUUUCCCCAUAUGUGGCGGUGCCAAAAAGGAAAAUUUGAAAAAUGUAAACAAUCUUGGGACACUUUUUUCUUCUCCUAUAAGGAUAAAAGGGCUCACGAUCAUGAUUAGAAAUAACACAAAAGUGGCAAAAAAGAAACGCUCUAGUAAUGUAUUUUCUUUUAUAAGACACAUAUUUUUACAUAAAAAAAGCUAGUUAAAGUAAAAUAUUAAGUACAGGACACGUAUAAUAUUUUUGCAUCAAUAACAGGUGUGCAACAACACUCACACAAUUCGAGGCUUUGACACUACAUUAUUAACUGUAAUGUAGGCACUCAAGGUAUUUCUGUAUUUUUUUUUCCAAAUACCAUUCCAUGGAGCAAUGAAAAUGUAUGAAAAUACAUUGUUAUUGUAUGUACUUUUGUAAUAAAUAUUUUUACUUA